AUGUCGCCGCUGAGAAUCCCCUACACAAGCCCGCUGCCACCCGCCAUCGUCUUUCCCAAAACCGCGAGCACGGUCCCCGGUGCCAUCGACGCCCUGCUCAACUUCUUCUCUGCUCCGCCCUCACCUCUGCUCCAGGGCAUCGACGUGGGCAAAAAUGGCCAGACGGUUCUCCUCACAGGCGCCGGAAUCUCGGUAGCAUCGGGGUUGUCUGACUACAGGGGCGAAAACGGGACGUACGUGCGAAACAAGUCGUAUCGCCCAACCUAUUUCCACGAGUUCGUGACGAGACACGAAUCUCGAAAGCGAUACUGGGCACGCAGUUUUGUCGGGUGGCCCGGGUUGGCCAAGGCAAAACCCAACUCGACGCAUAGGGCUGUCGCUGAGCUGGGUCGUAAGGGCUACAUCAGUUGUGUGAUUACGCAGAACGUAGACUCGUUCCAUCCGAUUGCGCACCCAGACCUGGCAACGAUUGAGUUGCAUGGAUUUUUACGGUCUGUGGUGUGCGUCAAUUGCCAUAAUCUAGUGCCGCGAGAGGACUUCCAGCAGUCCCUGACGCAGCUCAAUCCUGUCUGGGCGGAUUUCCUACAUGAGAUGCUGGGAUCAGGCGCGUUGGAUACGAAUAACCCUGAGGAACAACAGAAGAGAGGACUCAAGCUGAACCCGGACGGCGACGUGGAUCUCCCUCACGCACACUACUCCAGCUUCCGAUACCCCGCGUGUCCACGCUGCCUGGCGAAUCCGCCGCUGCUCAAAGAUGGAUCGAGGGCGGUUGUAGAGGAGCAAGACGGCGCCUGGUCGCCAUCGUCUACGGCUGGUAUACUGAAGCCUGCGGUCAUCAUGUUUGGGGAAUCUACUAGUCCGAUGGUGCGCAGUACAGCCGAGGAAGCCGUUGACGAUGCUGGUCGGCUGCUGAUCAUGGGCAGCAGCCUGGCGACGUACUCUGCGUGGCGGCUAGUCGAGCGAGCGCACCGACGAGGAAUGGCCAUUGGCAUCAUUAACGUUGGAGGCGUGCGCAAUGAGUCGCAGAUCUUUGGGGAGCUCCUGGGCGAGCGGUAUCUCCAGAACCAUGUGCGGUGCGACCACAGGACGGAGGCAGUGCUCCCAGAGGUGGUGUCGCGCUUGCCAUAA